GUUCGCAUCUUUACGUACCUCAUUGGACGGGAGGCGGCUUUUGCAGACAAUCUCAAGUGGAUGGCCUGUGCCAACAAAGGAUUUUUCACCCAGAUCUCCACUUUGGCUGAUGUGCAGGAAAAUGUCAUGGAAUACCUCCACGUGCUCAGCCGGCCCAAAGUGAUUGACCAGGAGCAUGACGUCGUGUGGACCGAAGCUUACAUCGACAGCACUCUCCCUCAGGCACAAAAGCUUGCCGAUGAUCAGGGCCUUGUCCUGAUGACCACUGUCGCCAUGCCUGUGUUUAGUAAGCAGAACGAAACCAGAUCGAAGGGCAUUCUUCUGGGCGUGGUUGGCACAGAUGUCCCAGUGAAAGAGCUUCUGAAGACCAUCCCCAAAUACAAGUUAGGGAUUCACGGUUAUGCCUUUGCGAUCACAAAUAAUGGAUAUAUCCUGACGCACCCAGAGCUCAGGCCACUGUAUGAAGAAGGAAAAAAGCGAAGGAAACCUAACUAUAGCAGUGUUGACCUCUCCGAGGUGGAAUGGGAAGACCGAGAUGAUGUGUUAAGAAACGCCAUGGUGAAUCGAAAGACUGGGAAGUUUUCCAUGGAAGUGAAGAAGACAGUGGACAAAGGGAAACGGGUUUUGGUGAUGACAAAUGACUACUAUUAUACAGACAUCAAGGGUACUCCUUUCAGUUUAGGUGUGGCGCUCUCCAGAGGCCAUGGGAAAUAUUUCUUCCGAGGGAAUGUAACCAUUGAAGAAGGCCUGCAUGACUUAGAACACCCUGAUGUGUCCUUGGCAGAUGAAUGGUCCUACUGCAACACUGACCUACACCCAGAGCACCGUCAUCUGUCUCAGUUAGAAGCUAUUAAGCUGUACCUUAAAGGCAGAGAACCUCUGCUCCAAUGUGAUAAAGAACUGAUACAAGAAGUCCUCUUCGACUCCGUGGUGAGCGCUCCCAUUGAAGCCUAUUGGACCAGCCUUGCCCUCAACAAAUCUGAGAAUUCCGACAAGGGUGUGGAGGUUGCCUUCCUCGGCACUCGCACAGGCCUCUCGAGAAUCAACCUGUUUGUUGGGGCUGAGCAGCUCACCAAUCAGGACUUCCUGAAAGCUGGAGACAAGGAGAACAUUUUUAACGCGGACCAUUUUCCCCUCUGGUACCGAAGAGCCGCUGAGCAGAUUCCAGGGAGCUUCGUCUACUCGAUCCCUUUCAGCACAGGAACAGUCAACAAAAGCAAUGUGGUGACAGCAAGUACCUCCAUCCAGCUCCUGGAUGAACGGAAAUCUCCCGUGGUAGCAGCUGUAGGCAUUCAGAUGAAACUUGAAUUUUUCCAAAGGAAGUUCUGGACUGCCAGCAGACAGUGUGCUUCUCUGGAUGGCAAAUGCUCCAUCAGCUGCGAUGAUGAGACUGUGAACUGUUACCUCAUAGACAAUAAUGGAUUUAUUCUGGUGUCUGAAGACUACACACAGACUGGAGACUUUUUUGGUGAGGUCGAGGGAGCUGUGAUGAACAAAUUGUUAACAAUGGGCUCCUUUAAAAGAAUUACCCUUUAUGACUAUCAAGCCAUGUGCAGGGCCAACAAGGAGAGCAGCGAUGGCGCCCGUGGGCUCCUUGACCCUUAUAAUGCCUUCCUUGCUGCAGUAAAAUGGAUAAUGACAGAACUUGUCUUGUUCCUGGUGGAAUUUAACCUCUGCAGCUGGUGGCACUCAGAUAUGACAGCUAAAGCCCAGAAAUUGAAACAGACCCUGGAACCUUGUGAUACUGAAUAUCCAGCUUUUGUCUCUGAGCGCACCAUCAAGGAAACCUCAGGGAACAUUGCUUGUGAAGACUGCUCCAAGUCCUUUGUCAUCCAGCAAAUCCCAAGCAGCAACCUCUUCAUGGUGGUGGUGGACAGCAGCUGCUUCUGUGAGUCUGUGGCCCCCAUCACUAUGGCGCCCAUUGAAAUCAGGUAUAACGAAUCUCUUAAGUGUGAACGUUUAAAGGCCCAGAAGAUCAGAAGGCGUCCGGAAUCCUGCCAUGGCUUUCAUCCUGAGGAGAAUGCAAGGGAAUGUGGGGGUGCACCAAGUCUCCAGGCCAAGAUGGUCCUUAUCCUGUUCCCCCUGCUUUUGAUGCUCUUCUCAAGGUGACACGGACUGAGGUGUUCUCUUGGCAUGCUAAAUUAUGGAUAAACUGUGAACCAAAAUAUGGUGCAACAUAGAAGACAUGAAAUAUAGUCCAAUCAUCAGCAUCUCAUGAUUUUAAACUGUGCGUGAUAUAAACUCUUAAAGAUAUGUUGACAAGAAAUGUUAUCUUUUUACUUUGCCAGUCAUGUAAAUGUGAGUUUGCUACAUGAUAAUCACCCUUCAUCAGAAACGGGACUGCUAGUGGGCAGUGUCCCUUCUGCUUGAAACCCACUGAAACAAAUUUAAAACUGUGUACUUUUUAAAUAAAGUAUAUUAAAAUCAUCA